UUCGACCUCAAUACAUACAUUGGAAGACCAGGGAAUCACUUGCAAUGGCGGGCACUAAGGAAGAGGCUUUGAAGCAAGAAGAAGCAAAGCCUGAGCUGGCCCCAGACCCAGACGAAGACGACCUCAGCGACUUGGACGACGUCCUGGAUGAAUUUGCAGCAACAAAGCUCGAAUCUAAGGCUCCCGCACCAGCAGCUUCUGGCCCCGGAAGACCUGCCGCUGCCCCAGCUGAUGACCUUGCCGGACUCGACGAUGAAGAGUUCGCAAAGCAAUUGCAGGCAGAGAUGGAGCAACUCCUCGGCCAAGCAGACUUGCAGAAGCAGUUUGAGCAUCUUAUGAAAGAGGUGGAUGACGCGGUGCCUUCCUCUUCUCACGCGCCCGGGCUGAAGGAGGAAGGAGCGAGUUCGAGUGCAGAAGCCACGGCCGCAAAGGCAGAGCAGUCGUUCCAGGAAACUAUACGAAAAACAAUGGAGCGGAUGCAAGAAUCCGGAGAUCAAGCCAGCGCAGCAGCCGCAACCGCAGACGAGAAUGAUAUCCUAGCCCAAAUGCUCAAGGAAAUGGAGAACGGUGGCUUUGGAGGCGAGGGGUCCGAUGAUGAUUUCUCCAAAAUAUUAAUGGGCAUGAUGGAGCAGCUGACAAACAAAGAGAUCCUGUAUGAGCCAAUGAAAGAGCUGAAUGACAAGUUCCCGAAAUGGAUGGAGGAGAAUAAAACGAAGGUGACCAAGGAGGAUCUCAAGAGGUACGAGGAACAGCAAUUGUUAGUCCGCGAGAUCACGACCAGGUUUGAAAAGAAGGGAUAUAGCGAUGGUAAUACGUCGGAUAGGGAGUAUAUUGUUGAGAGGAUGCAAAAGAUGCAAUCUGCAGGAUCCCCUCCACCCGAUCUUGUGGGCGAUAUGAAUGCGGCGCAAGAAGCGCUCAGCGAGAUGGACCAAGGCUGUCCCACGCAGUAGAUUCUUGCGAGACCUUGUCCUCCUUCCUUGCCGAUAACCAAAAAAGGCACGCAUACAUGCCACGAGAUUCCCUCAGCGUACAAGUGCCGGCGAAGUCUUGAUCAAAACAUAAUCUUACUUUGCCAAAGGGCACAUUACAACAGCGCGCGUCCAAUCACACUCGCGCAAGCAGAAGAACAUAAACAACACCCGUAGAACGCCUUCAUCCCUCGGUCGUGUCCAUGGCAUCCGGGUCAUCG